AAUGCCGGGGGUGUGUGCAGGCUGGACGGCGUGAAAGAGCGACUGAAGGAGACGGACACCGAGUUUGAGAAUGCGCGCAAGCGUGCCAAGAAGGCCAAAAUGGCUUUCGAGAAGGUCAAGCGGGAGCGCCACCGCAAGUUCACCGCCUGCUUCGACCAGGUGUCCAACCGCAUCGACGAGAUCUACAAGGCGCUCACAAACAAUGCCAGUGCCCAGGCGUUCCUAGGUCCCGAAAACCCCGAGGAGCCAUACCUGGAGGGCCUCAACUACAACUGCGUGGCGCCCGGCAAACGUUUCCAGCCCAUGAGCAAUCUGUCUGGUGGUGAAAAGACAGUGGCUGCCCUUGCCCUGCUGUUCGCCGUGCACAGCUACCAGCCGGCACCGUUCUUCGUGCUCGACGAGAUCGACGCAGCGUUGGAUAACACCAACAUUGGCAAGGUGGCAAACUUCAUCCGCAAGCAGACAGAGACCUCCUUCCAGUGCAUUGUCAUUUCGCUCAAGGAGGAGUUCUACAGCCAUGCUGAUGCUCUGGUUGGCAUUGUGCCUGACCCUGGGGAGUGCACCAUCAGCCGUGUGCUGACCAUGGACCUGUCUGACUGGCCCGAGGGUUGAGAGCAAUUCUCCCACUGCGACAGCGUCGGGGGCGGCACACAAGCAAUGUGCGACAACCAGAGAUAAUGUGCGUCGGGGCGCACCUCUGUACAAAUUUUAGAAUGGUGUUUUAGCCAUGACGCGUGCCUAUCUAGUUGGCAUUAGGGCAUAUGUUUUAAGAGUGAACACCUGCCCCUGCUGCUCUCAUCUUCUGCCCGUUGCGCAGCUCUUCGUUUGUGAAAAAAAAAAAAGUUUGGUGCGACGGAAGCUCUGUGGAUCACGUAAGUGCAUUGCGCAGAGCAUCAUCACUGUGUACAGUCUCAGUAAGCCUGUUGGAACAGGACUUUGAGACUGUUGUGCGACACAAACCAAAGCAUGCCCAUUAGUGCAUCUAGAAGAGGCAAGUUUUACAUCUCUGGCUAUUGGCAUCUAAAUCAUUGGGAGCUUAGCAGGAGCAAUACCCUGCUGCAUUUUUUGUACAUUCAUUCACUCAUCACUUUUACACCGUGUCUGUAUUGCUUGUACAUUGCAGCGCUUUACAUCAUCCAUGAAGCAGCGGGGGAGUGUUGCACAUUUUUUUGUUCAGGGUUCACUGUUUAUUCAUAGUUUUAGUAUGUGAGGAAAUAUUCCAGUUAGAUGCAACAGAAGUUUAAUCUUUCUUGUUAACCUUUUAUUUGACAGGGGAUUGUAUAGCCUGUACAUUUUAAAACAUUUGUAAGUAGCUUUAAGUAUUGCUGUUCAGGCACCAAGGCGUGUGGCCUGGGCAGGCAAUGCAUUUUAUCCUGACGAACUCUCAUGGGAUGGACGACUUACAACCUUUUCUUCUACAUUUUAGCACUUGUCGUUUUAAUUUGCAUCUACAUGCUUUUAACUGGAGAUGUUGCUGCUUCUGGAGCCUUGUAGGAGUGGCGUGCAAGAUUGAACAUUUGAGCCUGCCUUGGGUUUUGAAAUAAAUGCAAUUUUUUGUCCA